AUGCAUAGGCAGUACAAUAACUUGCCGCAGAUAAAGUCUAUUUGGAUUGAUGAGGACGAGGAGGCUGAGAAACUAUAUGGGCUUCAUGCUCAGCAAAUUAUGGACUCAGAUGGUGAGGAGCAACUAGAGGUCAUUACAUUAAACAGUGAAAAACCUAUAUUGGAAAACAAACGGAACAUUGAGCUACCUCCAUUGCCCCCUUCGGCCUAUGAGGUGCGGAAAACGAAGUCAUCUAUGAAUUUAAUGAGGCGGAAAGUUAAGUGGAGCAAAAUUUUCCGGUCAAAGGGGCCGAGAGAGUCGGCUCGUCCUGAGUCGAUGCAAUUAAGCAUCUCUGUGCCCUACGGGUUCCAGCACAUUAGUCAUGCGAACGGUAGAGGUAUGUUUGGUCCUGAAGACGAUGAUGAGGAAUUGGAGAAGACAUCGGGUAGGUCUAUUAAGAGCGAGCGUCACUUUAGCAGGGCGUUUGUGACCGAUGCAUUACCAAAUUCAUCUGCGAUAGAUGCUGGGCAGACGCAGAGGACGAGUACUAUGUCUACUAAUUCUGGGUUGUCUUCGGUAAGAGUGUCACGUUCGUCUACAUCGAUGAGCACCACUAGGGUGCUAUCGACUGCCACAAUGGCAACUUCUGUGCUCCUGGAUGUUCCCCCUGCGCAUUCUUCCGAGAAGAAGCACACGGCGACCCAGAAUGAAGCUUCGAUCGAAUAUAUUAAGCAUUAUAGGUGCCCGGUGGUGCCCGAAGAGACCAGUCCUGACCGGACGCCACCCCUUGAGGGUUCAUCUCACAGUAUGGUUGAGUGGCCACCCUCCCUUCACCUACCCCAGCAAAUAGAUCCUAAGCAGUCGCCAGCGGUGACUAGUUUACGCAGAUCGAGUUCGUUGUUGACGCCCAUAGUUCCUGUUCGCAGUGCAUUUGAGGAAACCGAGACGCCCAAGGGCAGAAGGUCCUUGGAUGAGAUCCUGCGCUUUUAUCAGCAGAGCGAAUCCGAAUCCCUGCUAUCGCCUCCAUCCUCAGCGCAGUAUAGGAGCUCACCUCGGCCUCUGCCAAAUUCAGCAAACGAGAGCUUCUACUGA